UAUCAGUUUAUGUUUAUGUUAUGUUCAUUUCUUGCUUGUUAAUCUAUCAGACUUAUAUAGUUGAAUGGAUUAGAAUUUAGAAAGAUUUUAAUUGCCUUUAUCUUUUUCUUUUGAGAUUUGUUUAUUCUUUGAAAUUUAAAGCUUGCACUUUCUAAUGGAAAGCUAAAGGUUAAAUAAUUGUUCUCUGCUUUUUCCCAUUUGGAAAAAAAGCAAGAACUUGAACACACACUAGGAGCUAUCUUCUACCAAAGUUUGAAGCUUCUGGUUUCCAGUUCUUGCAGCCAAGAUAUAUUAGAGAUUUAGAGCUACUGGGAUCAAAGCUUCAUCUUUAUGUAGUUACAAAUAAUCACAAUGAAAAACCCAAAAAAGCUACAUUUUUUAGUAGUUGUUACCAUUACCUUGGUACUUCAAUAUCUUUGUGUGGCAAAUGGUAACUUGAGCUCUGAUGCUCAGGCUCUUCUCGAAUUCGCUUCAUCGGUUCCGCACGUAAGGAAGCUAAACUGGAACUCCACGCUUCCGAUAUGCACUUCAUGGGUUGGAAUCACUUGCAACGACGAAGGAACACGCGUUAUCGCCAUUCAUCUCCCGGGUCACGGGCUAUUCGGCCCGAUUCCCAAAAAUAGUAUUGGAAAACUAGAUGCUCUUAGAAUCUUAAGCCUAAGAUCUAACUUCCUUAACGGGACACUUCCGACUGAUGUACUAUCACUUCCUUCUCUCCAGUUUCUUUACCUUCAAAACAACGACUUUUCGGGUGACAUUUCUACCCCUCUUUCUCCUCAGUUAAGCAUUUUAGACCUCUCGUUCAACUCGUUUUCCGGAAACAUCCCUCGAACGCUAAACAACUUGACGCGUUUAACCUCGUUAAACCUCCAGUUCAACUCGUUUACCGGACCGGUUCCUGAGUUAAACCUCACUAGGCUCCGGUUUUUAAACGUUAGCCAUAACUCACUCAACGGGUCUAUACCAUCUUCCCUCAAUGAAUUUCCAGUUUCUUCAUUUUCAGGGAAUUCGUUAUGCGGACCCCCGUUAAGUGCGUGCGCGUCGUCGGCCCCACAUUACGCCCCAAAUUCGCCUGGGAACAAACAUAACAAAAAACUCAGCAUCGGUGUGAUCGUAGCCAUUGCUAUAGGCUGCUUUUUACUCAUUGUCCUACUCGCGGUAUGCUUGUGUUGUUUCUUGAAAAAGAAAGAUGAAGAUUCGGUUGGUGAGUUAACCGUAAAGGCGGUCCCACCAGGGAAAAACGAGAAAUCGGAUGACUUCGGGAGCGGGGUACAAGCAGCCGAGAAGAACAAGUUGGUGUUUUUUGAAGGGAGUAGUUAUAACUUUGAUCUCGAGGAUUUGUUGAGGGCGUCAGCGGAAGUUCUCGGUAAGGGUAGUUAUGGAACCGCGUAUAAGGCUAUACUUGACGAGAGUACAACAGUGGUUGUAAAACGCGUAAGAGAAAUCGGGGUUGCUAAAAAGGAUUUCGAACAGCAUAUAGAGUUUGUCGGGAGGUUGGGACGACAUCCCAACAUUGUGCCGUUAUGCGCUUACUAUUAUUCGAAAGAUGAGAAGCUUCUUGUUUAUGAGUACAUGAUAACCGGCAGCUUAUCCGCCCUUUUGCACGGAAAUAGAGGAAUAGGAAGAACACCAUUAGAUUGGGAAACAAGAGUCAAGAUAUCACUCGGAGCGGCAAAAGGGUUAUCGCACAUCCAUUCAGAAGGCGGUUCCAAAUUCACGCACGGCAACAUCAAGUCAUCAAACAUUCUUCUCUCCGCAGACUUCAACGGUUGCAUAUCCGACCUGGGCUUAGCCCCAUUAAUGAACUUUUCUCCAGGAAAAUCUCGUUACAUCGGCUACUACGCGCCAGAAGUAUUCGAAACCCAAAAGUUCACUCAAAAAUCAGACGUUUACAGCUUCGGUGUGUUGCUUCUCGAACUUUUGACAGGUAAAUCUCCUCUACCGUCGUCGGGCCAUGAUGAGGUGGUUGACUUACCAAGGUGGGUGCGGUCAGUGGUUCGUGAAGAAUGGACCGCUGAGGUGUUUGAUGAGGAGCUAAUGAAGCACCCACAUGUUGAGGAAGAGAUGGUGCAAAUGCUGCAAAUUGGGCUCGCUUGUGUCACUCGGGUGCCUGAUAUGAGACCGUCGAUGGAUGAAGUUGUUAAAAUGAUUGGUGAUUUACGCUCAUCGGACUCCGAGCAUCGGGAUUCUUCGGAAGAUAAUAGGUCUAAAGGAUCUAAUGCACAAACUCCAUGAACAAUUGAUAUGGAGUUGUAGUUGAUGAAUUCAAAUGGUUUGUGUUAUUGUUAGAAUGUUCAGUUUUGUUGGUUUUUUUAAAUUAAAUUUAAAUUUGGGUUGUAAAAUAUUCCUAUUUAUAUGUUACUCUUCUUUUAAAUUAUUGAGUAGAUUUAAGAGUGAAUUUCAAGAAUUGUUCUUUA